AUGGACAAAUCGAUAAUAUCUGCUACACUAUUGGUGUUGCUCCUUUUUGUCCUUCAUCUUCAAUCAGAGGUUCAUUCGUUCGCCACUACUUCCAAUCAUGAUUUUAGCUACAUGAAAUUUGUGUAUAACGCAACCCCUCCGCAGUUAGAAGCAACAUAUGACUACAUUGUAGUUGGUGGAGGAACAGCUGGGUGUCCAUUGGCGGCCACUUUAUCCUUGAAUUACUCGGUGCUCCUUUUGGAAAGGGGCAGUGUUCCUACAGCAUAUCCCAGCGUUCUGCGUGAAGAUGGCUUUUUGAACAAUCUCAUGCAAGAAGAUGAUGGCAAGACACCAGCUCAAAGAUUCAUGUCAGAAGAUGGUGUUCCUAAUGUAAGAGGCAGGGUCCUAGGAGGGUCAAGCAUGAUCAAUGCUGGCUUCUACUCAAGAGCUGACAGGGAAUUCUUUCUGAAAUCAGGAAUUGAAUGGGACAUGGAUUUGGUGAAUAAGGCAUAUCAGUGGGUUGAAGACAGUAUCGUGUUUUCCCCGAACUUGACACAAUGGCAAUCUGCUGUAAAAGAAGCUUUGUUGGAGGCUGGUGUUGGUCCAGACAAUGGACUUAAUGUGGAUCACAUUAAAGGAACUAAAAUUGGGGGUUCAACUUUUGACAAUCAUGGAAGGAGACAUGGAGCUGUGGAACUUCUGAAUAGAGGAGAGCCAAAGAACUUGCGAGUUGCUGUUCAUGCCACAGUAGAGAAGAUCAUCUUCUCUUCCAAUACGUCAAGUUUGUCAGCUAUAGGAAUCAUAUAUAGUGAUUCGAACGGGAGAUCUCAUCGCGCAUUUGUACGUGGUAAGGGAGAGGUUAUAUUGAGUGCAGGGGCAAUCGGGAGCCCUCAACUUCUACUACUUAGUGGUGUUGGCCCGGAGUCUUACCUAUCAUCCCUGAAAAUCCCAGUUGUGCGUUCCCAUCCAUAUGUCGGACAGUUUAUGUAUGACAAUCCUCGUAAUUUAAUAAACAUUUUGCCUCCAUUCCCACUAGAACCCUCAGCUGUAAAGAUUGUAGGCAUUACCAAUGAUUUCUACGUUGAGACAAUCUCUGGAUUGCCAUUUUCUUCUCCACCAUUUAGCAUUUUUCCUAAUCCAUCUAAUCCCAUCAAGGUAGAUUCGAGUUACGGACAAAUUGUUAUCAAAUUUCCAGGACCCUUGUCGUAUGGUUCUCUUAAGCUACAAUCAUCGUCGGAUGUUAGGGUUGGUCCAAAUGUUAGAUUCAACUACCUUUCAAAUCCGGUGGACCUUGCUCGUUGUGUAAGUGGCAUGAAGAAGAUUGGUGAUUUGUUAAGGACAGACGCAAUGAAACCAUUUAAGGCUGAAGAUUUGCCGGGAAUAGAAGGCUUCAAGUUUUUUGGACUAUCUUUGCCAAAGAACCAAACAGACAUUUUAUCCUUUAAAAUAUUUUGUCAAGGUUCAGUGGCCACAUUUUGGCAUUACCAGGGUGGAUCCAUUGUUGGAAAGGUGGUUGAUGGUGGUUUGCGUGUUAUGGGGAUCAACGCAUUACGUGUUGUUGAUACCUCCGUAUUCAAUUUCUCACCAGGGACAAAUCCUCAGGCAACCCUUAUGAUGUUAGGCAGGUAUGUUGGCCUUACGAUGCUGCAAGCAAGAUAA